UUGGCAUCUCAAAACAGAGCUAACAAGGUAGCUAAAGUUCGUCCAGCUUUGAAAGCGAGAGAGAACAAUGGUGAGAGCUCCAUGCUGUGAGAAAAUGGGAUUAAAGAAAGGUCCUUGGACCCCUGAAGAAGAUCAGAUUCUCAUCGAUUACAUUAAACUCUAUGGCCAUGGCAACUGGCGAGCACUCCCAAAACAAGCCGGUUUAUUGAGGUGUGGAAAGAGUUGCAGACUACGUUGGACAAACUAUUUGAGGCCAGACAUUAAACGAGGGAACUUCACCAGAGAAGAAGAGAAUACCAUAAUCAACUUACAUGAAACGCUUGGUAAUAGAUGGUCGGCAAUCGCGGCGAGAUUACCGGGAAGAACAGACAAUGAAAUUAAAAAUGUAUGGCACACCCACUUGAAGAAGAGGCUGAAACAGAACCAUGGCUUCAAUGUCAACGAGCACCAAGUCAUUGAUUCAUCCAAAGACACCCAAAAGGAACAAGAACCCGUGAAUUUUCUAAGCCCUGUAACUGCAGAUAGACCAGGAUACAGGGAAGUUUCCCCACCAGAAUCGAGCAGCGAGGUUUCCACAUUAACGACAAGCGAAAACAAUAGUAACAUGUGCAUGAAGAUUGAAAUGCAUGAAGAUUUCUCUGAAAUCGACGAGAACUUCUGGUCAGAAGUAUUGUCGGCUGACAAUUCAAGCAUGGCCAGCGACUUUCAAGUUGUUGGUUCUGACCCACAACCUCAUCAAUACUUUCCAAGCUCCCCACUAGCAUCAUUGGAACCAGUCAAUGACUACUAUGCUUCAAAUCUAUAUGAUAUUGAUACCAACGUGGAUUUUUGGUAUGAUCUUUUCACAAGAGCUGGGGAUUUACCAGAACUACCAGAAAUUUGAGUAGUGGUAUAAUUAACUUAUUGUUCACGUCAACUAUAAACCUUUUUUUUUUCUUUCAAUUUUUACCCUCAUUAUUAUUCAGGUUGGAAUGAAGAUAAAAAACAACAUCAUUUAGCUUGUUGAAGACCAUAAAAUGAAAACAAUGUUCAACGAUCUUGAAAUUGUCAAAACGUGCAAAUUCAUACACUCCAAAAUAGAAUAAUUAGGG